AUGCGUCUCGACAGAUUUUUCGUGAUCUCUACGCCCUUCAAUAAUGCAAUUUUCAAUUUCUUUGUUAAGAACGUCAAACAUUAUUUUGGAGUGAAAACUGAGUUCUCGAUGAACUUCGGACCGGCGCCAAUGAAUCGUGAGCAAUUGAACGACAUCCUGAAGAAGAUGCAUGCGACUAUCAUGAUCCAUCGUAUUUACAAUUUUAUGCUCUCAAAGGUCUCAAAAAAGCAUUUCCAAGCGAUUCUCUUCGUUGAAAUGAAGGUUGCUGCAGAUGAAGCAACUAGAACUAUUCAACACUUGGAAAACUGUUUGAAGCAUGGAAUUCCAUUGGAUAAUGUAAGUGACAUUUCAUUCGGCGCAAACACUGUCAAUCGUCUUGUCAAUCUCACUCGCGCCUUUACCACGUCUUUCUAA